CCAUUUCCAUGCGUGGCUCCUUGGGCUACAUUUUAUUCCUUGCUUCGACCUCCACGGCUUUAUUUACGGAGUGUUUGCGCAAAUAGUCAACUGCGGACAGAACUCUUACAAGCUCUUCACGGAACAUCAUUCAACCUAGAAGCGGCUACUCGAUGCACAACAGGCUUGCAAGUAAUCGUCGGCUUCGUGCUAGAAUUCUUGACGGUUCACGAGGCUAUCGACAUUCUCUUCGAGUUCCGCGGGCCUAGGUGGAGGUUGAAUGCACAAAUACUGUGGAGCGGCAUGAGAGAAGAAGUAGCGCAGGCAUGGGCAUCGGCACGGACUUCGCACUCUGACGAAAGCGAUGGGUCGCCUCAGAAAUCCUCGUCACGAUUCUUGCCUGAGACGACCGAAGACGAACGCGGGAUGGACUACUUACAUGAAGGGUGCCUCUGCACUCUUCGCAUGGUGCAUUGCUCAAGAAAGACAUGUCAUAAUCCUCACGCCACCACCAAACCAGCGGUUCCACCCGUCAAACCUCACGAGUUUUCAGCGUAUCGAGGGCCCUGUUCUUGCAGGGUGCUACGGAGUGCCAUUGGUCAAGAGAAUCAAUAUAUGCCAUCCCCAGGUAGAAAACGCGCACGAAUCGUCAUACCAAUUGUGGCCAAAAGACAGGGCUUGGUCUUGGCUUGCAGACUUC